GGUUCUGCAGCUGGUUUUAACCGACUACAUGUAACCCGGUCAUUGUUAAUCCCAGGUCGGGUUCUGCUCUCCCCUGGCGGGUGAGUGGGAGGGGGGAGGGCCCACCGCCUGCAACCCACUGGAAACGGACCGAUCUCCAUCCAGAUCGAGAUGAAGGCGACGAAAACAGUCGGUGUUUUGGGUUCGGUAGCGGCUCUGGGCCCAGAAUGGGACGUGUCGGCCUGUCGGGGAUGAUGGUGAAAACAUGCACCUGAGCAGUGCUCCAUAACAUCCCUUCAACCCCGCUCCUCCAUUUAUUUCCAUAUCGCCAUGACAACAACUCCCGAGACGAUGCUGCUGCAGCCGGACCAGGAGCCGAGCCCUGAGCGGCUGGACACUUGCGAGGACGCUGCUGGACGCUACAACGUGGUCCCCUCCAUUGUCUGCUCCAUGUGCUGCCUCUUUGGCAUCAUUUACUGCUUCUUUGGUUACCGCUGCUUCAAAGCGGUGAUGUUUCUGACCGGCUUGAUGUUCGGCUCUGUGGUUAUCUUCAUGCUCUGCUACAAGGAGCGCGUUCUGGACACCCAGCUGAGUGUGGAGGCUUCGGUGGGCAUCGGGCUGGGCAUCGGGACGCUCUGCGGCCUUGUCACCAUGCUGGUCCGCAGCGUGGGCCUUUUCAUGGUGGGGCUGCUGCUGGGCCUGCUGGUGGCUGUGGCCACCCUGGUGGGCAUGGUGGAGCUUUCCGAGAACCCGUCGCGCUCCGUCUGGGUGCCCCUAGGUGUGCUGCUGGGCCUGGGCAUGCUGUUUGCUGUGCUGACCUUGCAGUGGCAACGCCUCUUCACCACGCUGUCCACAGCCGUGUUCGGAGCGGCUGUCAUCACGGUGGCCUUGGACUACUUCGUGGAGCUCUUUGCUCUUGUGCUCUACGUUUAUGAGCGGAUUAAAGUGGAGCCGGGGAAGCCGUUGUGCUGGAUGACCUGGGUGGUUCUGGGAGUGUGGCCUUCCCUCACCCUGCUGGGGGUCAUAGUCCAGUGGAAGGUGACGGCUGAGGGAUACUCCCACACCAAGGUGAUCAUCAGCCGGCAGCAGAGGAGGAUGCAAGUGAUGCGGAUUCGUCAGCGGGACGACCGCUAUCGCAACAAAAAGAAGAAGAAGCAGCAGCAUGGCUCCGCCCACCACCAGGCCAAGCAGCUCCACGCUGAGCCCGCCUACCGGCGUAAACCCAACCCGAUCCGCCGCUACGACACCGACGUCCUGUCGCCGAGUUACAUCCAGAGUUUCCGGGAGCGGCAGGUCCAGGCGCAGCCAUUUCCUGGCCGUCUGGUUGGAGGCUCUCACGCUGUUGUGGAGAUGGGCUACGACUGCAGCUCCACGACUCCUCUCACUGCAGCAAGUGGACCUCCUCUACGGGCCUGACCCCUCCUCCACCUCCCAGAUGCUUGACCAGGGAGGCACCACACUCUGCAAUCACUACCCCACCUGUGGGUCAUCACACCCGUGCUACAGCUAGCUACCACUGGGUUGAUGAGCAAAGCCUCCAGGUUCAGUCUCCUCUGACAGGAAGAAAAGAACAUUUCAGGCUGGAUUUUUCUUUCCAAAUGCCCGGAAACCUUCUCCAGACCUCACAUUUUUCUCUUUCAGAUGUAUCGAUCCAUGCACACACUAAUGGAUCAGCCUACCCUGAUACAUCUGUGUCCCUCUUAAACCACGCAGAUCAUUGUUCCACUACAGAACAACUCAGGUUCUAACAGAAGAAUCUAAACAGUUCUUGUGCUGUUUGACAGAACCAACCAGCUCCUCAGCCUGCACCCGCACAGGAACCCUUAUCUGGGGUCCCAUUUGUUUUCUGUGCCAUCUGAAAAACAACACUUUUAAAACAAUGCGAAAUCUGUAUUGUCAUUUGUAUUUUUAUUGUUUUUAGAGGGGGAAACCUUGUGGUGCUGGACGAUUCUCUCCCUUAAGGGUCAAACUGCUCAAAGAAGGGAGGAUGUCUAAAGGGGUGCUGUGUCUGAACACCAACAGUCGGGAUCUCCGGUGGCCAGUUGAUUUCACUCAGGGGCGUGUCCAGGGAGUGGCCUGGGGUAGCACAUGCCACCCUUGGAAUCUGAUUGGCCACCCCAGGUGUCACCACACUAAUUUACCUUCAAAAAGGCUUUUCACUGUCCACAAAAGGCUUGGGGGUGAAACAAAAAAAAGCAUAAUCAUUGGUGCCACCCAUGCACAAAGUUGUGCCUCACCUGGGCCACCCCAGUUUAAAGGAUCUGGACACGCCACUGAUUUCACUGAUGCCAGAUUACACCGGCACCUCUUAGAAAAUGUCUCCUAAACGAUUAAAACACUAAUAAUUCAUCAGAGCGGAUGUUUGGUUACCAGCUGUUUCUGCUUUAAGACUUAAAACUAGUAGUAGAAUACAACUUUAACACUUCCAGUCACUUUGGGCAAAUCUUCAAAUCUUGAAAAUCACAUCAUAUGUGAUGGUUUGAGAUUUUUCACUGAUCUUGUUUGUGUUUUUAAACACUCACAGCCCACAUUUUAGCCAUCCAUACGUUUUCAGCCGCUUAUCCGGGGGCUGGUUGUGGGGGCAGCAGUGUAAGCAGGGAGGCCAAGGCACUUGGGCCAGCUCCUCCAAGGGAAUCGUAAGGCGUUCCCUGGCCAGCCAAGAGACAUAGUCCCUCCGGCAUGUCCCGGGUCUUCCUUUAGGUCUCCUCCCAGUUGGAUGUACCUCCCAAAAAAAAAUAUUUUAGCUUAAAAUCAAACUAUGUCAUAUUAAUAAUGUUUUUUUAUUUCCUUUAACGUUUCUUUUAAGUCUCGGUCAUUUUUGUUAAAAACUAAUAUUCCAGCUCAUAUUUCCUCACAGUGAGCAUAAAUAAAUAAAUCCAGAUUUAUUAAAAACCGGAGUAAGCUGCCUUAAAGGAGUGCCUGAAUAGAGAAACCGAGACAGUAAACGGCUGAAGGAGGCAUCAAUUGUAGACCUAAACGGUAUUCCCUGUGAUGUUUUGUUCUCCUUUAACUCAUCUGAGGUGCCCGUGUACAUCAGUCUCGUAUUAGACCUGGACUCAGACCCGACUGCUUUCAUUGGUUCUCUUUAUUCUGGACAACAUGACGUCCCACAUUAGAAAUGUGAAUACUUUGUUACUGUCUUUAUAUUUUUAAGGGAAAACAGACCAACGUACGGGGAGCAGGACGGGUUUGUAGGAAACUAAUCUGCAUGAUCGUUGCAUCCUGAUCCACUGCAACACCUCGUCUGCAUCAAUGUGAAUUUUGUACAUAAGAGACAGCACUUACCUGUUUUUUUUUUUUAUUUCCGCAUUUUUUCUUUUAUGACUAAUUUAAUACAAGACAUGCUGUAACACAAUGAUUUGUAUUUAUUUGCUGAUUUUAUUUAUUUUUGUUCGGAUUUCAGUGUCAUCUCCGUAGGCCGGUGACGUGCUUUUUUAAAAACUGAAUUAUGAUUAUUAAAGCAUGUGAUUUAACGGGCCUAUACACAAACACUGUAAGUGUCAUCUUUUAAAAAAAAAAAACACAAUAUACUUUUAAAAAAACUGAUGAAUCAAAUGAUCAUAAGGUUUCUCUGUCCUGCCAGCGAUCCUUUCUCCCUUUAUUCACCUCAAACAGCACCAGAACUCUCAAAGCAGCAGUUCUAUAAUAAUCAUCAGGGUCUCUGUCUCCAACACGAAAUAGAAAUGAGGAAGUGUAAUUUUAAAAUGCUGGAUUGUUGCUCUUGGGAGAGAUUUUGUAAUAUUCUAUCCAUCCAUCUUCUGAACCCGCUUAGUCCACAUAGGGUCGCGGGGGGGGGCUGGCGCCUAUCUCCAGCAGUCAACGGGCAAUCAGGCGGGUACACCCUGGACAGAGAGCCAGUCCAUCGCAGGGCAACACAGAGACACACAGGAUAAACAAUCACACACACACUCACACACCUAAGGACAAUUUGGACAGACCAGUUAACCUAACAGUCAUGUUUUUGGACUGUGGGAGGAAGCCGGAGAACCCGGAGAGAACCCACGCAUGCACAGGGAGAACAUGCAGACUCCACGCAGAAAGAUCCCAGGCUGGGAAGCGAACCCAGGACCUUCUUGCUGCAAGGCAACAGCUCUAACCACUGCGCCACUGCGCAGCCCAUAAUAUUCUAAUAUGUUGCAAAAUUUUGCAAGACCAAAUUCUGCUAAUAAAAUGUUACAAUGCAAGAAAUAUGAGAAUUUUGAGAGGAUUUAGAGGAUUUGGAUAAACGGUAAAUAAGUUUAGACAUUUUGACUAAAUUGCAAAAAGAAAAUUUGCACGACCGCUGCAGCACGUUCACAGUUACAUCACACGUCUCACGAAAACCAAUCAGAUAUACAGGGGCUGAUCCUAAUAUCAUGCAAAGUUGAUUUAUUUCAGUAAUUCCAUUCAAAAAGUUAAACUUCUAUAUUAGAUUCAGUCAUUACACACGCACUGAUUUAUUUCAAAUGUUUAUUUCUUUAAUGUUGAUGAUUAUAACUGACUAAUGAAAAUCCCAGAUUCUGUAUAUCAGAAAAUUAGAAUAUCAAUUAAGAUCAACGUCCAACUGAAAAGUGUGGAUAUGAAAAGUAUGAGCAUGUACAGCACUCCAUAUUCAGCUGGAGUUCCUUUAGCCUGGAUCACUGCAGCAAUGUGGCAUGACAUGGAGUCCAUCAGGCACUACUCAGGUUUUAUGAGAGCUCAUGUUGCUCAGAUAGUGGUCUUCAGCUCUUUUGAAUUGUUGGGUCUGGCAUUUUGCAUCUUCUUCACAAUAGCCCAUAGAUUUUCUACGAGGUUAAGGUCAGACGAGUUUGCUGGCCAAUCAAAAACAGGGAUACCAUGCACUUAAACCAGUAACUGGUAGCUUUGGCUCUGUGUGCAGGUGCCAAGUCCUGUUGGAAAAUGAAAUCUCCAUCUCCAUAAAGUUGGUCAGCAACAGGAAGCAUGAAUGCUCUACAACUUCCUGAUAGAUGGCUGUGUUGACCUUGGACCUCAGAAAAUACAACGGACCAACACCAGCAUGACACAGCACCCCGAACCAUCACCGACUGUGGAAGCUUCACACUAAACCUGAAGCAACAUGGAAUCUGUGCCUCUCCUCUCUUCCUCCAGACUCUGGGACCUUGGUUUCCAAAGGCAAUGCAAAAUGAACUUAUAGGAGAGACGCUUCUGAUGCUGUCUCUUGUUCUAGAGUGGCUUGACACAAGCAACGUGACAGCUAAAACCGUGUCUUGCACACAUCUGUGUGUGGUGGUUCUUGAAGCACUGACUCUAGCUGCAGUCCACUCUUUCUUGAUGUCCCCCUCAUUUCUGUAUGGGUUUAGUUUUUCUCCAAGAUGUGGUUAUCACUAAUGCUGUUACACUUUUUUUUACCACAUCUUGUCCAUCCCUUCACUUCUCUAACAAUGUGCUUGGAUGUAGAGCUCUGAACAGCCAGCCGCUUUAGCAAUAACUUUUUGGGUCUUGUCCAUUUGUUGCAUUGGUCUUAAUUGAUAUUCUAAUAUUUUCAUUAGUUUUCAGUUAUAUUGAUCAGAAUUAAAAGAAACAUUUGAAAUAUA